AUGAGCAGGCUGGACGCGCGCACGCUCAAGGAGGAGGUGGCGAGCAUGGACCGGCGCCCGCUCCUGGACCUCGGCCACCCGCUCCUCAACCGCGUCACCGACAGCUUCAUCCGCGCCGCCGGGGUCGGCGCCGCCCGGGCCGUCUCCAAGGAGGCCUACUUCGUCACCGUCGAAGGGCUCGGAGGAGACAACACCGGGCUGGACAACGUCAAGAGGAACACCCAUUUCUCCAGCGCCAGAGGGGAUGAUGGCCAGAAGUCGCUCGAUGCGGUGGUGAAAUCGGCCGGCAAGGAGGCCAUUCAGUGGGGACUGGCGGCCGGAGUGUACUCUGGGGUAACGUACGGCCUGAGGGAGGCCAGAGGAUGCCAUGACUGGAAGAACAGCGCCAUUGCAGGGGCGCUCGCCGGAGCGGCGGUGGCGCUCACCGGGGACACCGGGCACGCCGACCACGUCGUCCACUUCGCCAUCACCGGAGCCGCGCUCUCGAGCGCGGCGACCAUGCUCUCCGGCAUAUUCUGA